AUGCCCAUUCUUGAUAUCAACAAGGACUUGACCGCGCUCGUGUCUCAACAAAUUCGGGCUACCCCAGAUGCCAUUGCUUUAGAAGAUGAGACAACGACACUGACUUACGCCGAGCUGGACAAAGAGGUCGAUGCCCUCGCCCGUCGCUUGCGUGCCCACAAAGUCAGUCGAGAUGUUCUCGUCGGCGUGCUCUUGGGACGCAGCGCUGACUAUGUGAUUGCUUGUCUCGCAGCCCUGCGUGCAGGGGGGGCUUUUCUGGUCCUUGAACUGGCGUAUCCUCCAGGACUCCUAGCCGAUGUCCUCGAUGAUGCCAGGCCAGCGGUUGUAAUAACAAGUACUGCCCAAGCUGGAAAAAUCAAGGCGGACGUCCCAUUGAUCGUUCUCGACGAACCUCGGACAGGCGUCAAUGGGUCUAAUGGUCACGCAGAGGAGGCCUAUUCGUUGCCGGACGAGAAUGAUCUGGAAAAACUUGCCUUUGUGUCAUACUCUUCUGGAACUACGGGCAAACCCAAAGGGAUUGCAAACCCGCAGAGAGCACCGGUACUAUCAUAUGACUUGAGAUUCCGAGUCAGUGAUAUUGGCCCUGGGGACCGUGUUGCUUGCAAUGUUUUCUUCAUCUGGGAAAUAUUACGCCCGCUUCUGAGGGGCGCGACCGUUUACGCUGUCCCGGAUGAGGCAAGCUACGAUCCUGUUGCGCUUGUAGACCUGCUUUCCUCCAAACGCAUAACCGAGACUCUCAUGACUCCUACGCUCCUAGCCGCAGCACUGUCCCGGAAUCAGCGCAUCGGCAAAUACCUCCCAGAUCUUCGCACCUUGUGGCUUAAUGGUGAAGUUGUCACCACAGAUUUAGCUCAGAGAGCUAUGAAAGCCCUUCCUAAUACCCGCUUACUGAACGUCUACAGCGCGAGCGAGACACAUGAAGUUGCCUGUGGAGAUAUCCGGGAAAUCUUGGACAAAGAUUCUAUUUACUGUCCCGUCGGGCCGUCGGUUGAUCCUGAGCACAUGUAUAUUCUCAACGAGAGCGGCGAGAAACUUGAACCCGGUAUUAGUGGAGAGCUGUUUGUCGGUGGCUCUCUUCUCGCUCGCGGAUAUCUCAAUCUUCCGGAAAGCACUGCCAAAGCCUUCUCACCGGACCCCUUUGACAAAACUCCCGGAGCCAAAAUGUAUAGAACGGGAGAUCUGGCAAGAAUGCUCCCAGGAGGCCUCCUGGAGAUCACGGGACGCGUUGGAGCUAUGAUCAAAGUUCGCGGCUAUUCCAUCGUUCCUGGUAAGAUUGAGAAUGCAAUCGUCAAGCAAUUAGCUGUCAGCCAAUGCGCUGUAACUGUCUAUGGUGAUGGUCUGGAGCGACAGGUUGUUGCAUAUGUGGUCCGCGACAAAGAGGAUCCCGGAGAUCGAACGGAUCUGGUUAUUGACGGGCACGGAUAUAGUCCAGUCGCACGGCAAACACUUUCUGCAGGCCUGGCACAGUACAUGAUUCCUGCUCUUUGGGUCGAGCUUGAAGAGCUACCUACCCACGAAGUCUCAGGAAAGGUUGAUCUCAAACGCCUUCCUUCACCUGUAAACGCCAAGCAACGAAUUGCCGCGAGUCGCGUGACCAAGAAAGAGUCCGACACAGAAAUUACUACAAAGGGCAUUGCCGAACUUUGGGCCGCGUCUCUCAACACGCCGGUCAGUACCGUAACGCAGCAACAUAGCUUCUUCGACCUAGGUGGUCACUCCUUGACACUUGCAGAUCUUGCUACGAGGAUGUCAAGGAACUACGGCUUUCCCGUCCCCCUAGGCCAGCUUGCUGUAAAUCCGACUCUUGAGGGACAUUUAGAAGUGUUACGCUCUGCUCGUGAUGGACGUACUGCCGCCGUACAAGCAGAAUUGCCCUCUAUCUUACGCGCCGAUUCUAUUCUCCCCGAAGAUAUACAGCCUUCUAAAACUGGUGCCUCGUGGCGUGCACUUAAUGAUGCUGAUACCGUCUUGGUGACAGGUACAACCGGCUUCCUGGGUGCAUUUUUGCUCAGCGACCUUCUGGAGACCACGGCGGCCCGCAUUAUCUGUCUCGUGCGUUUUGACGACCCAACGGAAGAAGAUCGAGCUGCUGCAGUAGCGAGGAUACGUAAAAAUCUUCUUGACCAUGGCCUCUGGAAUGAUAGGAUUCUAGAUCGCAUAGAAGUCAUUCCUGGGACUCUUAGUCGGAAACGGCUCGGCCUUUCGCCAGAUGCUUAUGAACAUCUUGUGAGCCGUGUCCAAGUUAUUAUCCACGCUGGAGCUACUGUGAAUCUUGUAUAUCCUUAUGCGGCGCUGCGAGAUGCUAAUGUGGGCGGCACGAGAGAGAUUCUGCGUCUGGCAAGCCACAGUGGGGCGACGGUUCAAUAUGUUUCUACCAACGGUGUAUUGCCGCCAUCUGACGAAGCCUGGUCUGAAGACGCAAUGAUUGACGUCGAAGACGUGCCAGGGAAACUGGUAGAUGGCUACGGUCAAACGAAGUGGGUGGCGGAAAAGCUCGCCUACGAAGCAAGUGCUCGCGGCAUGCCAGUGAGGAUAAUACGACUCGGCACCAUCAGUGGUCACAGUACUACAGGCGCAGCCAACGCUUGGGAUUUAUUCAUGGCUAUCAUCGUGGAGUCGUUACAUAUUGGAUAUGCACCGGAUAUUGAAGGAUGGCGAGCUGAGAUGACACCAGUCGAUUUCGUCAGCAGGGCCAUCACUACCCUUUCUAACAAUAUCCACACCAAACAACGAGUGUUUCAUGUUGGCGAUUCCAACCCUGUAAACACUAAUGGACUUUUCGACGAUUUGAAAGAGCUUGGAUAUCCAACGGAACGACUUGGAUGGGAUGAGUGGGUGGCGCUUUGGUCUGAGAAAAGGGGCUCGGCUAAGAGGGGCGCUGGGGCUUUCACUGCUGAUAUCCUUCGCGGCGGCAUGCCCGAAGUCGAUUUCCUAAAGCGCAUCACCGUACUCAACGACACGGCGACCAAACCGGCACUCUCCGGCAUCGAACGCCCCAAAAUCGACCGCAACCUUCUCGAGACCUAUGCUCGCCACUGGUGCGGUCGAGGCUGGCUCACACAACCUCCACGACGAAACCAAUCCACCACGUCGUCGGCACAGCCCAUCAAAAAGGGUCCCUUGAGCGGACUCGUCGCAGUAGUAACAGGCGCGUCAUCCGGCAUCGGCGCCGCAGUAGCAACGCAACUAGCAAGAGAAGGAGCACACAUCGCCCUCGCAGCACGACGCACCGACGCGCUCGAAACGCUCAAGGCGAAACUCGCACUCCACACCCACACGCACGGCAGCAAAGUGCUCAUCCACAAAACAGACGUAACCUCAAAGUCCGACGUCGACUCCCUUUUCCACGCCACCACGCAGCAGCUUGGGCCCAUCGACAUCGUCGUGUCAUGUGCGGGCGUCAUGUACUUCACCAUGAUGGCGAAUGUGCAGACAGAGGAGUGGGACCGCACCGUCGACGUAAACUGCAAAGGCCUACUCCACAUGCUCUCCGCCACGGUCCCGCCCAUGCUCGCACGCGGAAAAGGCCACAUCGUCGCCAUCUCUUCGGACGCAGGCCGCAAGGUGUUCCCCGGGCUGGGCGUCUAUUCGGCCAGCAAGUUUUUCGUGGAAGCGACGCUGCAGGCACUGCGGCUCGAGACGGCCGGGUCCGGGCUAAGGGUCACGAGCAUGCAGCCGGGGAAUACGGCGACGGAAUUGUUGGGCAUGAGUACGGAUGCCGAGGCGCUGAAGAAGUUUGGGGAGCCGAGUGGGGCGAGGGUUCUGGAUGCGGAUGAUGUGGCGAGGGCCGUUGUUUAUGCGUUGAUGCAGCCGGAGCAUGUGGCUGUUAAUGAGGUGUUGAUUGAGCCGAGGGACGAGCCGAUUUAG